GGCCGGUCAACACGCGAUUCGUCUUUUGUUAGAGCGCUCGUUUCGCUGGUAAUCGCUUCCCUCGUCAGCUUUUGGUCAGAUAGAAGAGAAAAAGUUGUGCCUUCAAUUUUUAUUCCGUGACUUUUUGUGCUCGAUUCCGAAGUCUACUACUUGCCACAAUGGUGUACGUCGUAAAGGAUGCUGCUGACUUCGACAGCCGGCUGGAGGCCGCAGGCGACAAGCUGGUCGUGGUGGACUUUUUCGCAACCUGGUGCGGCCCUUGCAAGGUGAUCGCCCCAAAGCUGGAAGAGUUCCAGAACAAGUAUGCUGACAAGAUCGUCGUCAUCAAGGUGGACGUGGACGAGUGUGAAGAUUUGGCGGCCAAGUACAGCAUCUCUAGCAUGCCGACAUUCUUGUUCAUCAAGGAUAAAUCCGUGCUCGAAUCGUUUUCCGGCGCCAACGCCGAAAAGCUGGAGUCCAACAUUAAGAGACUCACUCAAUAAACGUUAGAUUGUAUCCUUAUUCUUAAAUAGAAAGACAGUGAGUAUGAGAUAAAUGUUGAAGCUUGUCCAUCUGAUUGGGCCUGUUCGUUGCUGUCUGCAUAAUCAUAAACCAUUUUCGUCGAUAACCAACAUUUUAAAAUAAUGUGCUAUAAUUGUUCCGGUGUUUGAAACGCUUGACACAAGAUAAUUAUCAGCUGCUAUCAACUUAGUCACAAUUGUCAUACCCAUGCGGGAAGCAGGCUCGAAAAGCAACAGAAACGAAACUCAGCACAACCGGUUGGAAAUAUGAAGCAGAGAAAGUGAAAGAAGAAUACACUCUAAUUGUCCACGUUA